GGCGGUAGUAGAAGCUAGCGGUGUACAGUAACCAGAGUAAUACAAGCGAUCGCGGACAGUUAACGUCUCGCUGGACUUAUAUGAAUGACUAUACUAUGCGCUAUCAUAGCAGCAUACAUUGACAGAAUUGUUAACAAGUGUGGUGUUUGAUUGGAAAUUGUCGCGUGGUAAUGGGGCCAGUUAGCUAAAAGAAGGCACUGCCACCAAAGCGUUAGCCAGAAAGUGAUUGAGUUACCUCGGCUUGCUUGCCAGGCACUUGACACCAGUAGCAGGCUAACGUAACUUACUUGACUUUGAUCUGUCAGCGCUAACUGUUUUUCAUCCUGUUGAAAGUAUUCGUUGGGCAUAUCCAACAGAUGUCUAGGGGAUGACUGUCUGCAGUGUUCUGUAGUAAUCAAGGGUCAAAGGUCAGGGGUCAGCCAUGAACUCGGUGUCCCCCAGCUCGGCCCAGUACGUCGGCAAGAGCUCUGAGACGAAGGGCGGCCACUUUGGGCACGUUGCCGAUGGCAACCGCAACGAGGGGGAGCCAGACGAGGUGGACCGUCUGAAGACCAAACUGAUGUCCGCCUGGAACAACGUCAAAUAUGGCUGGUCAGUGAAGUCCAAGACCUCCUUCAACAAGACCUCUCCCCUCUAUCUGCUCGGACAUUCCUAUCUGUUCAACCGUGAAGAUGAGGUGGAGCGUUUCUCUCUGGCAUUUGCGUCUCGACUCUGGUUGACCUACAGGAAGGACUUCGCUCCUCUUGACGGCGCGGGGUUGACCUCUGACUGUGGGUGGGGCUGCAUGCUGCGCAGUGGACAAAUGCUGCUGGCCCAGGGGCUACUCACACACCUGAUGCCCUCAGGCUGGCAGUGGCCCGACUCCCCGCCCCUCACCGACGUGGACUUUGAGUUCCUCCGCCCGCGCUCCCCUUCCAAGACACUAGGGGGCGUUGUGUCCAUCCCCUCCCUCUCCUCCUUCUCCAGCAGCAGCAGCAACUCUUCCUCCUCCUCCUCCUCCUCGGCCCCGGGGCCUCCACCGCAGGCACCCCCCAAACGCGUUCCCAAGCCCGCGGGGGACCCGCGCAGCGAGGCGCUGCACCGCAAGCUGGUGUCCUGGUUUGGGGAUCACCCGGGCGCACCCUUCGGCCUCCACCAGAUGGUGGCGCUAGGGAGGAGCGCCGGGCGGCGGGCCGGGGACUGGUACGGCCCCUCGGUGGUCGCACACAUACUCAGGAAAGCUGUGGCUACCACUACUGAGGUGCAGAAUCUGACGGUGUACGUCGCCCAGGAUUGCACAGUUUAUAAAGAGGAUGUGGUGCACGUGUGUGAGGGAGAGGGUGACUCGAGUUGGCAGUCCGUCAUCAUCCUCGUCCCAGUCCGACUGGGCGGAGAAACACUCAACCCCACCUACAUCCAGUGUGUCAAAAACAUUUUAAAGCUGGACUGUUGUAUCGGAAUCAUUGGGGGGAAACCGAAACACUCCUUGUUCUUCAUUGGCUUUCAAGAUGAGCAACUGCUGUACUUGGAUCCACACUACUGUCAGCCCCUGGUGGAUGCCACCCAGAGCAACUUCUCACUGGAGUCUAAAAGGAUGUCCUCUCUGGGUGUUUUCCAUGCGUGGGACCCCACUGUGCCAUUGGCUUUGUUGGCAAAGAAAGACUUCGAGUCACUCUGCUCAGCCGUGGAAGAAGCUCUCUCUUCCUCUAAGGAGAAGUACCCCAUCUUCACCUUUGUAGACAGGGGGAGCCAGGACUUCAGAUUGGAUGAGCCUCACGAGGCCCCGCCCUCUCACAUCUUACCACCCAAUCCGAUGGCCAGGAGUAAAAAGCAUGGCAGCUCUGAUGACUUUGUCCUGCUGUGACUACAGCAUCUCAUAAGGGACACACUGAACUAUGGCAUCUCAGGAGGGACACACUGAACUACGGCAUCUCAGGAGUGAGACACUGAACUACGGCAUCUCAGGAGGGACACACUGAACUACGGCAUCUCAGGAGGGGGACACUCAACCGAACUGAACUGAUCUGAGUUGGAACACGAAUGAUGCUGCCCUCGUUGAGAGCUUGCUGGACUAACUGAGACGGUGUGUGUGUGUGUGUGUGUGUGUGUGUGUGAGUGAAAGAAAGUGAGCGGGGCUUGUAGUGCCCGUGUAUGUGCGUGUGCGCGUGUGUAUAGUAUAAGUAUAUAUACUUUUUUGAUCCUGUGAGGGAAAUUUGGUCUCUGCAUUUAACCCAAUCGGUGAAUUAGUGAAACACAAACAGCACUCAG